AUAUAGUUAGUAACCACCAAACUCUAUCACUCUCAUUUUUAUUUAUCACCUCACUUUUUUCUCUCUCUCUCUUAUUUUGUUGCUCUUUCUUUUUCUACUACUUUUAAUUUAGAGAUAAACACAUUUAUUUGUGUUGGAAUUAAAAAAAAAAAAAAAGAAAUGGCAAUGAAGCUUUUGUGUACCAUUUUCAUCUUUGUUAUGUUCCUCCAUUUUUCUCCCGCAGAAAAUCAUCCAACCCAUACUCAUGACGUUGCUCCAAGUCCAAGCCCACAAUCCUCAAACAUUACUAACAAUCUGCCUUCGUAUGGAUACACCCCAGGAAGCCUGCAGCCUCAAGAAUGUGGACCGAGAUGCUCAUAUAGGUGUUCAAAUACGCAAUACAAGAAGCCAUGUUUGUUUUUCUGUAACAAAUGUUGUGCAAAGUGUUUGUGUGUUCCUACUGGUACUUAUGGCAACAAGCAAUCUUGCCCUUGCUACAACAAUUGGAAGACCAAGAGGGGUGGUCCCAAAUGCCCUUAAUCUUUAACUUUUUAUAAUUCUUAAUAGUUAAUACCAAUCCUUACAACUUUUGUGUAUUUAACGUUUUAAUACGUGCUUUCGUCUUUCUCAAAUCAAUUUCUCUUUUGUAAUACCAAAAUAUUGUUUUUCAUAAUAUGAUAUAAUACAAUAUAAUAUAAUCUGGUGCAACAUAUGGAUGUCAUUUGGUCUUUGAUAUGGUAUAAAUCUUACAACUUAGGUGCACAUAAUUACCAUUAUA